CGCCUGAGAGGGGCCUUCGUACCUGACUCUCCCGUGCUGCCCGGAGCCGCCGCCGCCGCCUCCCGGCCUCUGCCUUCCCUUUCUUUCCCUGCCGAGCCGCCGCCCGUUCCGCUUCCGCAGCGUCAGCGGUGCCGGGACGGAUUGGUCUACUUCGACGGACCGGCUGGGCGGCUGUUUUUUUGAAUGGUACAAGUUUUUAUAAACGUUUGCGUGAAGCAAGAAGACGAAAGAUGGCAUCUACAAAACAAAAGAUGAGCAAGAACAAGGAUGAUGCUCCUCAUGAGUUGGAGAGCCAGUGUAUACUACGGCUGCCUCCGGAAUAUGCUUCUACUGUGCGGAGGGCAGUUCAGUCUGGAAGCGUCAACUUGAAAGACAGGCUCACCAUUGAAUUGCAUGCGGAUGGCCGCCACGGGAUUGUACGAGUGGACCGUGUCCCAUUAGCUGCUAAGCUGGUGGACUUGCCCUGCACCACAGAGAGCUUAAAAACCAUUGAUAAGAAAACUUUCUAUAAGACUGCAGAUAUUUGCCAGAUGCUUGUGUGCACUGUGGAUGGUGAACUCUACCCCGCCCUGGAAGAACCAGCUACUGGUACUGACCCCAGAGCCAACAAGAAGAAGGAUAAGGAUAGGGAGAAGAAAUUCAUCUGGAAUCAUGGCAUUACUCUUCCACUGAAGAACGUGAGGAAGAGGCGGUUCAGAAAGACAGCCAAGAAGAAGGCCCAGUACAUUGAGUCUCCAGAUGUGGAAAAGGAAGUGAAACGUCUGCUGAGCACAGAUGCUGAAGCUGUCAGUGUCCGCUGGGAAGUCAUCGCCGAAGAUGAAACAAAAGAACCUGAUAACCAUGGUUCACUCACAGGCCUGGAUAUUUCUUCUCCUGGAAUGUCUGGACACAAGCAAGGCCAUGGUUCAUCGGUAGAACGUGAUGAACUCCGGGAGAUAUUUAAUGACAUCAGCAGCACCAGCAGCGAUGAAGAUGAGAGGGAUCACCAUGAUGACGAAGACCUGAACAUCAUGGACACGGAAGAAGACCUGGAGAGGAGGCUGCAGGGCAAGCUGAGCGAAUCGGACAGACAGCAGCAAGAAAAUGAAGGGAGCAACCAGAUAGCCAUGGGAAUCCAGAAACAGAUCGACAACCUGAAAGGCAAGCUGCAGGAGACUCAGGACCGCAGGAAACGCCAAGAGGAGCUUAUCAUGAAAGUGGAGAAUCUGGCGCUUAAGACCCGCCUCCAAGCCGUGCUGGAUGAGUUCAAGCAGCAAGAAGAGCGAGAGAAGCAGCAGCUGGCCUCUCUUCAAGAGCAGUUGGAAGCCCUUAUGGAGAAGUGAGAAGUCUCUGAACCUCCACACACCACUGCUGUUAUGUCAACUGGGAAGUUCCAAAGUGUUCCUUUUGUGCUCUGACCCUUUACAUCCACCAUUGUAGACUCAUUGGGUUCGAGGAAUGACAAGUGGGUCCCUGUCUGCGUCAGACAUGAUAACAGACUGGAGUUAGAAAAAACAAACAAAUAUUUUUGGAAAGACAAAGGUUCUCUGUAUUCAUUGCCAGAAGGCCAAGAGGUCUUUGCGGACAUGUUGGUCCCUAAAAUCACCUGCAUCGGUUUUGCUUUCUGAUGAACCAGCCUGCAAAAAUGCCGAGUGUUUUUUUUUAGGCAGGUUCGGCUCUUAGAGCAGCGUGAAAUGAGCUCUUGCCUGGAAGAGUGGAACGAGGGCUGUACCCAGAGGUACAAGUAUUGCGUCUGAGUACUAUUCCCAUCCUGAUGUACAUAAUUCUCUUGUUGUCUGCGAAAGGUAUCCUUUAAAUAAAUAAAAACAAAUUAAGUUA